UUAUUUCAUAAAAGGAAGCAGUGUUAUUUACAUUAUAUUUUUUUUGCGAAUAUUAUUCAACAAGAUUUCUAAUUUACUCGUUUGGUUAGAAAGUUGGAGCAGUGCCUUUGCCCCCAAAAACGCACUUCAGAUGCCUGUUCCUAAGGCCAAACAAUAUCUACAUACCAAAGUUCAGCAAAAUCGGAGACGCCCUACAAAGUGCACUUUAGCCACGUUUUUGAUUGUUUUCCCCCUUUUCGCAGGAAGUUUUGAUAGUCUAUCAACAGAAUAUACCACUAAAUUUCCCAUGAACAUUCCAUUAAGGAACAAGGGAACAGAAUUAUAGAAACUAAAAUUAAACCUAUCUGAUGGUAUAAGUAAUGUUUAAGGAAAGCUUUAAAUACUAUAAGUCAAAGUGGCCCAUACCAAAUUUAACAAGCGUUAUUGAUUUUCGAGAGAGAGGAGUCAAUGAGAUUCAGGAAUUACAUUUGAACGACUGUGAUUGCGCUUCAUUGGGAUUGCCUUUGGGACUUAAUCCAGUUCAUUGUUGGCGUAUAUUUACACUCAAUUCCCAUCCCGGUUUGCUAAUCAUACGUCAUGCCUUCACCACACUGGGUCAACGCUAUUGGAUGGCGCGCAGCCUAAAAGAUUAUCCCAAAGCUCCGAAUCGUGUCAAUUUAAAUGAACGACUGUUUCAAAAGUCUGUGCUUGAUGACUGGUGGUUUUCCCUGCAAAGUUGUGAGGACAAAGAUGAAUCGAGAAGAAUGAAAAUAUCCAUGAGGUGGACCACAUUGGGCUAUCACCAUGAUUGGGACACCAAAAUUUAUAGCGAAGAUUUACAUACGAAAUUUCCUGAAGACUUAUCAAAGUUAAGCAGUUUCUUUGCCAACAUUCUAGGCUAUAAUGAUUAUCAAGCACAAGCUGCAAUUGUUAAUUAUUAUCCAAUAGGAACUACCUUAGCUGGGCAUACGGACCAUUCAGAGCAGAAUUUAGAAGCACCACUAUUUUCUUUUAGUUUCGGUCAAACAGCGAUAUUUCUUAUUGGAGGAAAAACGAGAGAAGAAAAACCAACAGCACUUUUUAUUGAAAGUGGCGAUGUGCUGGUCAUGUCCAAAGAAUCCCGUUUAUGCUACCACGCAGUACCUAGGGUAAUGAAAGCCCGUGAGGAAACUUGGAAUUGUUUAAUAGAAUCCACACAACCAAAGGAAUCAAGCGUGGAACCACCAGUGCAACCUUCUAAACGUUUACGUACCGAAGUUCCUUGUAUAGAUAGCAGAGAGACUAGUGCAGCCCUCGAAUGGGCUAUGGACCCAAUUUUAUACAAUCAAGUGGCAGACGAAAUUUUUUGGUCACCUUUCAAAAGUUAUUUACACGAUUCCCGCAUAAAUCUUAACGUUAGGCAGGUACUUCAUCGAAAUCGUACAACAUUAAAUGGCCAUUGAACGACAACCCAUAUCUGCUGACACAUUUAGAUGAUAACCAUUGUUUGCUAUCUAUAUAGUUAUUAAAUUACAAUAAUUUAACAAAAUUACAAACAAUUUUAAGUAAAGCUAAAAUAAACAAUUUUAAAAAUUUGCAAAAACGAAAA